AUGGGGAAGGGGGGCGUGGCGGCGGUACGCGCUCGCCAGAUCGGCGGCAGAAUCGUGACGGGGAGCGAGGUGGCGGUGCACGCUCACCAGAAUCACGUCUCCUGCAUGAGGACGGGAGGCAUGGAAGCGGCUACCGCUCGCCAGUGCGGCAGCAGCUGCAUGAAGACAGGCGCAGAGGUGGCUACCGCUCACCAGAGUCACGGCAGCACCAGGACAGUGGACGCGGGGGAAGUGUACGCUCACCGGAUCCGCGGAGGUAUCACAACUAGAGAAGCGGAGGGGAGCUGCGCUCUCCAGGUCCUCGUUACCCUCGUGAUGAGAGACGCGGAGGCGGCUACCGCUCGCCUGACCUGCAACGAUAUCAUGAAGAGAGGUGGGGAAGCGAUGCGCGCUCGCCCGACUGGCACAGGCAACAUGGAGAAAGCCGGGGAGGCGGAUACGACUCGCAGCUUCGGCAACAGAGCAGGGAUGAGGGGCUCGGCGCUGGAUAUCGCUCACCUGAUCGGUACAGGCAGCGUGACGAAAGACGUGGCAGUGAGGGAGGACGGGAUCAACGCAACAGCAGAGAGGGAGGCAGCGGGCUGA